CAACCAAACCCACCCACUACUCUUCGUGUGCAGCAACGCUUCCGUGUCUUCCCCGUUUAACCCUUUCUUUCUCCCCGGCCGGCAGUACGUAGGCCGAGAAACUGCUAGCCUCUCCGUAGCUAGCCUUGCUAGCUAGGUGUGUGUGUGUGUGUACGUACCUACCUGCAGGUUCCAAGAGAGAGGGCCGAGAGAGAGAGACAUGGGUAGCUUGGGAUCCGAGGUCGACCAUGGCGGCAGGGAGAUGUUCCAUGGCCACGCCGACCCCGUCGUCGACGAGCUCAACAGGCUGGAGAAUCUCCUCAGAGAAAAGGAACGAGAACUAGGACACACACACAGUGAAAUAAAAGGUUUGAAGGUGACAGAAGCUCUGAAGGACAAGGCCAUUGCUGAGCUGAGCAAGGAGCUGAAGAAACAGGACGAGAAGCUGAGCAUCCUGGAGAAGCAGCUUGAACAGAAGAAUCUGGAUGUGAAAAGGUUAUGCAAUGAGCGCAAGGAAGCGUUGUCUGCACAGUUCGCUGCUGAGGCAUCGCUCAGGAGGAUCCACUCGGCCCAGAGAGAUGAGGAAGUGGUUCCCUUUGAUGCCAUCAUAGGGCCCCUGGAGUCUGACAUCAAGAAGUACAAGCAUGAGAUUGCGGUGCUCCAGGAUGACAAAAAGGCGCUUGAACGGCACCUGAAGCUCAAUGAGGCGGCGUUCGUUGAGGCUGGGGACAUUCUGCGUAGCGCACUCGAGAGAGCGCUGAUUGUAGAGGAUGUCCAGAACCAGAAUAUUGAGCUGAAGAAACAGAUGGAGAUCUACCACGAGGAGAACAUGCUUUUGGAGAAGAGCAACAGGCAGAAGGUCCUGGAAAUUGAGAAGCUCACCCACACCGUUGGUGAGCUUGAGGAGUCCAUUCUUGCCAGCAGAGACGUUGCCAACGCUGUGCACUUCUACCAGAACCAGGCUACCAGAUUGAAUGAGGAGAAGAAGACGCUCGAGAGGGAGCUGGCUCGAGCUAAAGUCUACGUCAACCGUGUGGCGACAACAACAGCAAACGAAUGGAAGGACGAUGCUGAUAAAUUGAUGCCGGUUAAGAGGUGGCUGGAAGAACGAAGACUCCUGCAGGGAGAGAUACAACGGCUGCGCGACAAGAUAGCCAUAGCAGAGAGGUCUGCAAAGGUGGAAGCCCAACUUAAUGAUAAACUCAAAAGGAGACUGAAAUCUUUGGAAGAGGACAUGAGAAAUGGAAAGCCCAACACACCUGCCAGUGAUGCCAAUAGGAGAGGCACUCCGAAAAGAUCAACAUCUCAACCAAGACAGCCAAGCACACCCAGAAUGUCACAGCAACUGGCUUCAUUCGAAGGCAUUGUUGACAAGAGAAGACCAACAUCCCAACCAAGGGCGGAUGUGGGAGGGAAGGUGCUGAAGCAACCUAAUUCGGACACCGAGCCUGCAGAGAAGACGAGAAACAUUAAACAACCUGACAGCCCAAGAGUGAGAACUGCUGCUGCUAGAAAGGAGCGUCCUGUGAGAAAUCACCUGUGGGCGACAAGAAGUAAAGUGACCAGCGAUGCUGGCAAAGAGAACAAGGAGCAGAAUCCAAAUUACAAGCCACAUUCAAGCGCUCCACAUGAGCAGGGACAUGAUGCCACAAAGCCACAAGCUGUAGUAUUUGAUGCGAAUGGAGACUGUGGAGUUCAGCGCAGUGAACAUCACAAAGACAUGGAUUUGGAGAACUUGGAUGACAAAAAGGCGGAUGCUUCGAAUGCAGAGAGUACUCAGGGUGGCAACAGGGGAAACUAAGGAAUUUCGUUUGCAAGAGGAAGCCAAAUACAAGGGUGAAAACAGUUAUCAUGUACUGGUGCAACAUGGUAAUUUAUUUCUAAGAACAUGUAUGCCUCUCUGCAAUAUUCUUCAACUUGGGAGAUUGUUUGAACAACAAAACCAGCAGGCUAUGUUGUUCCGUUUCUUUAUUCUCGCUUGUACAGCAAAGCAAUUUGUGCCUAUAAAAAAAUACAAAUGCAGUUUGUGGUGUUUUGAGGAAAGGCUGUUUAAAAUAAGAAGGUUGGUGCUGAUGUAAUGGGACUGGGAACAAUACAAAAAGAAGGGAUGUUUGUGUCUCUACUUUGAUUUGAAUCUAUGUUCUAUAACUACUAUGGUUGUUUCCA